AUGGUGGAAGGAGAAGAAACCUGGAUGACUCCCCUCACGGCGUAUUUAGCUGAUGGAAUACUCCCUGAGGACAGAAAGGAAGCCAAAAGGAUAGUGAUACUAUCAUCCAAGUUCGGAAUAUACAAUGGCCAGCUAUACAAACGGUCAUUCACCCAUCCCUGGCUGAGGUGUGUUAACAAAGAAGAAGGAGAGUACAUCAUGAAGGAACUACACGAGGGGACCUGCGGAGCACAUGAUGGAGCGUCAACUCUGGUCAGGAAAGCCCUAUUACAAGGCUACUAUUGGCCUAUGAUGAAAGAGCAAGCUACAACACUGGUAAGAGGAUGCUGGCCUUGCCAACAACAUGCUUUGGUACCUAGAAAACAAGCUUCAGAAAUGAAACCAAUCGGCAGUGCAUGGCCCUUCGCCCAGUGGGGAAUGGAUAUCCUGGGACCUCUCCCUCUGGCCAUAGGACAGAGAAAGUUCCUAGUAGUGGCGAUCGACCACUUCACUAAGUUUGGAAUACCGAAGGUGCUGAUCACAGACAAUGGAAAGCAGUUUGACUCAGUGAAAUUCAGAAAGUUCUGUGCAGAAUAUCAGAUCGAUCUAAGGUUCACCUCGGUUUACCAUCCACAAUCAAAUGGGCAAACCGAAGUGGCCAACAGAAUUCUAUUGGCCGGACUAAAAAGAAGACUAGACGAAUACAAAGGAAGAUGGGUAGAAGAACUCUACAACGUCCUAUGGAACUACCGUACCACCCCUAGAGAAUCAACGGGCGAAACUCCAUUCGCCCUAGCUUAUGGAACGGAGGAUGUAAUUCCUGUAGAGAUUGGCGCACCCACACCAAGGACAGAAGACAACCAGCUGAACUUAGAAGAAAACGAAGCAGAACUCAGGAACAAAUUGGACCUCUUGGUCGAAAAAAUCAACAUAUCAGAUAUCAGAAUGGAAGCCUACAGACAAAAAAUGGCCAAACAUUUCAACAGCCAUGUGAAGAAAAGAAAGUUCAAAUUAGGCGAUCUCGUCAUGAGAAAGACCGAAGUCAAAAAAGGAGAAGCAGGGAGUGGAAAGCUGCAACCAAACUGGGAAGGACCUUACACCAUCAGCGAGGUCAUUAAGGAAGGAACAUUCAAACUCACGAACUCUAUGGGAAGAAUCAUACCAAGGACAUGGAACGCCAACAACCUAAGGAAAAUUUAG